AAAUUAGUAAAGGUGAUGAGUCUGGAUUACAAGCUUGAUACGGCAAGUACUUCCAUAUACGAUGGGCCCCAUUGGCGCAGCUUCGCAUGUUGGCCCACCGGACUCCCUUCCAGAAUAAGGCAAAGACGAGUCGUCAAAAAAGAGGUGUGGCCUGUGGGAAUUUGGGGAGUUCCAGUAUUGAGAAGAAAAUGGCGGCAACGAAAGAGGGGAAGCUGGUGUACAACAUAUACAGGGCGCUCAGCUUCGGUGCAGCGCCGGUGCUGAAUCUUUACCUACGGUUUCGCAGACUCCGAGGCCGCGAACAUCCUCGCCGCUGGACCGAGCGUCUUGGCCGUCCCUCUCUCCCUCGUCCCCUUGGCCCUCUCCUCUGGUUUCACGCCGUCUCUCUAGGUGAAGGAAUGGCCGCGAUUCCUAUAAUCAAACAAUGCAUAAAGCAAAGACCGGAUAUGAACAUUUUGAUGACAACUACAACAGCGUCUGCAUUCGAAGUAAUAAAUAAACGGCUUCCUAGUGGUGUAAUAUAUCAAUUUGCACCACUUGAUACCCUGACCGCCGUCAGAGCUUUCGUCGACUAUUGGAAACCGAAUGCGAUUAUUCUUAUAGAGAGUGAAUUAUGGCCAAAUCUUAUCAUGACUGCUUCAGAAAAUGGUAUCGUGCUGGCACUGUUAAAUGCUCGUAUGUCUGCAAAAUCCUUUAAGCACUUUUCAGGGCCGGUGCUUCUUCCACUUAUUUCGCUGAUGCUUUCAAAGUUUUCUUUGAUUGUCCCAUUGAGCAAUAUGCAGGCAAUCCAAUUUCAGCUACUACAAGCCCCUCCUUGUGUCAUCAACUUUUCCGGUGACUUGAAAUGUGUGGUGGAAGAUUUUGAUGUUUCUGAGGGGGAGCUGAGAAGUAUAGAAGAUCUGAAGUUAGAGCUCGCCCACAGGCAGGUCUGGAUGGCUUCUUCCAUACAUAGGGGUGAAGAAGAAAUAAUGCUAGGAGUUCAUAGAGAGCUCACGACAAUACAUCCAGAUAUGGUCACUAUACUUGUACCUCGAGAUCCACGACAUGGACUAGAGAUCACUCAAGAAUUGCGGAAAGAAGGGCAAAAUGUAGCAUUGAGGUCUCAACAUGAAAAGCUUGUGGCAGGAACUAAUAUAUAUGUCGUGGACACAUUAGGCGAGUUGAGGCACUUGUAUAGGUUAACACCAAUAGCUGUAGUUGGAGGUUCGUUCUUACCAGGUUUAGCUGGCCAUAACAUUUUAGAAGCCGCUGCAGCUGGCUGUGCUGUUUUGACUGGUCGUCAUAUUGGCCAUUUCUCACAGAUGGUACUUGAAAUGCAACAGUUAAAUCCUUUGUCUGUUCACCAGGUUUUUGGCAAAUUGGAGCUUGUGAAUGUGCUCAAGGAGCUAUUCAGUGAUGCGAAAGUUCUGGAAGCACGUCGAAUGGCUGCAAAACAAGCAUACCAUUCUCUGUCCAGUGGUAUUGUUUCCAAUGUUUGGAAUCUACUAAAUUCGCAUGUUUUCAAACGGGUUGCUUUGUUAGAAGGUAAAUGAAGAGCCGCAUACAACAGAAGUAAAUGUGAUGGUGAAACUUGUUGCAUUCUACAACAAAGAAGUACUUGUUGACGGCGUGCUAUUUAGUGCAUCUAAACCCAUUAUGGCUUUUCAGAAUCGCACAUGAAAUCUUUGGCAGCUUGUCGCUGUAACUUUCAAGUCGCAGAAUGAUCUGUACAAUCACAUUCAUGCAAGUUCUAUAUUGGUGGUUUGCUUUCUCAUUGAUUACAUUCGAUUUGGGCAUCUCUUCACCGUCGGAGGUGAAAGAGGGAUUAACAUGACAUUGUAGUCAAAUCUUACCUUGAGUCAAAGCUGCAUUUUGUCCUGGAUUUGGAUAUAUUUCUUACCUUUCCAUUGCAUAUAUUUCUUUUUUUAUUCAAAGCAAAAUAUAUACUUUCUUUUA